AGAAGGGCGAGAAUGUUUUCUAAGCUAUUGUGUAAACAAUAAUGGCCUUCGGUCAUAAAACUCAUAAUAAUUCUGAUCUUUUAAAGGUUGACUGAUUUAAAUCGAUAAUGAACUAUAUCGAUAGUAGUCUGCCACGCCCCGGUACUUUACAUACGAUUUGCUAAUCUUUGGUUUGGUCUUAGAACCAUAUGAUUUGGAAAAGGAAAGGAGAUUGCUUUGACAUAAUGUCUUAUAUUAUUUCUUAUUUUUUGGCGUUCCUCAUCACGGUGAGCAGGGCUGGAGAACUACUGGUUCAACACGCACCCAAGUCGACCACAUUCUCAGGGGAGAAUCCCCUGGACACCAGGAACCUGCAUGAUGUCCUCAUUGCCACGCUGGGCUUCACCGCGUCCAAGGGCGCCAGCUGGGACGGCCUGGUGGUCUCGGACCCCUUCCACUUCGCGGAGGCGGUGGUGAUGGUGGUGCGUGACGCACCGCUGCCGCCCGAUGCCCAGGGCACCGUCGUGCCCCUCAGAGGGGCCCUGGACGAGGAGGCCGUGUGGGCGCGCGUGAGCCGGCGCGUGAUGGAGCGCGACUCUGCCGGGGCCAGCAAGCUGCUGCGGAUCGACCUGGCCGACGGGAAGUGGGAGGCCUUGGAGGACGUGCUGGGCUCCCUGGACUCUGCCAGCCCCCCGCCCCUUCUGGCCGAGCUCAGCCUGAACGUGACGGAGGACCGCCAGUUCGUGGAGCAGCUGAUGGCUCUGCAGGAACUAGCACACAAGGUGCGGUCCGGGGUGAGUGCGGACGGAGCUCCCGACGUGUGGUGGGUACAGCUACCAGGACUGCGCCCCCUCGCAGACCUGCACGGCCGAGACUCCCCCGCCACUGAGGAGGCGGAGCAACUGGCGGCCGCUGCCGUGCGCGCCCUGCAGAAGUCCUUCGUGCACGCCUACCACAGCCGGGUGCUGUUCGGAACACUGGCCAGCGCAGGAGACAACCUGGUGCGCAGGUCUCGCAGUCUGAUGGCAGACGACACUGUCGCCACCACGGCAGAGGAUGACCUGAAUCUGUCGAAGGACUACGAUGAGAACUACCCUGUGAUAUUCAACAUCCUCUUCUGGUUCAACAUUGCGUUCUUUUACUCAGUCAUCGCUGUGGCAGUGUUCAUCGCAGACAUGGACCCAGGACGAGACUCCAUCAUUUACCGCAUGACCAGCAACCGAAUGAAGAAGGACAACUGAAGAUGGAGGUUGUGUGUAGUGUAUGGUGAAUUUAGCCAUCAAUAUUCAACUGUAAAUAUUGCAUUGUGGUGUGUGUUAAUAUAGUCGUGACUUAACUUAUA